CGGGGUUAUCGAUCAACCAACCCCUCUACCUUUUUGAUUUUUGAGCAGUUGCCCAGCGCAAAUUGCCCAUCAUAAUCAAAAUGCCUUCCACUUCUCUCGCCGACCUGGUGGCCUCCCUCCCUUUGGAGGACACCUGGGGCCCCUCCACCUCUGCCGAUAACAUGCUUUCUGGUGUGCCAUACGCUCCUUUCUCCAAGGGCGACAAGCUUGGCCGCAUGGCCGACUGGACUGCUGAGAGCAAGGAGCGUCAGAACCAGCGUCCCCAGUACAACCGUGGUUUCAGAGACCAGCAGGUGUACGGCGCCGGUACCUCCAACCUCUUCACUGUCGCUGCCGCCGAGGACGAGUCCUCCUUCUCCGUCGUUGAUAACACUCGCGUCCAGAAGCGCGGUUUCGGCCGUGGCGGUGGCACCGUUUUCCGUGGCCGUGGUGGUCAGCGCGGUGCUGCCAACCAGCGUGGUGGACGUGGUGGCUUCCAGCGUGCUGGACCUAAUGUUGGCCGUGGCCAGCAGAGCGGUUACCAAUUCAGCGACCGUGGUGGCGGCCGUGGUGGCCGUGGUGGCCGUCGUUUCGGCUGGAGAGACUACGACAAGCCCCAGCGUAUCCGUGAGGCCUCUGUCAACAUCCGCCCCGACUGGAAGAUGCUCGAGGAGGUUGACUUCACCCGUCUGUCUAAGCUGAACCUCGAUGCCCCCGAGGGCGAGGACCUCGAGACCUACGGUUUCCUCCACUACUACGACAAGUCCUACGACAAGCCCCCUGUCAAGAACGCCGAGCGCAGAAUGCAAGCUCUCGACCGUGCUGCCUACAACGUUACUACUUCCCAGGAUCCCGUCAUCAACGAGCUCUCCGAGAAGAACGCCGCUACCGUCUUCGCCACCUCUGAUAUCCUGUCCAUGCUGAUGUGCGCCACCCGCAGUGUCUACUCGUGGGACAUCGUCAUCGUCCACCAGGGCGACAAGAUCUACUUCGACAAGCGCGACGGUGCCUCCUUCGACAUGGUCAGUGUCAACGAGAACGCCAUCGACGCACCCCUCGAGGCCGCCGAGGCCGCCGGCAAGCAGGAGCAGAUUAACACCCCCAACGCCCUCGCCAUGGAAGCCACCAUCAUCAACCACAACUUUGCCCUGCAGACUCUCAUCGAGUCCGACAAGUCCAAGGUCUCCUUCGCCAAGCCCAACCCCUUCUACGACGAGACCGAGGAGACCGAGCCCCCUCGCCUCCAAGGGUUACAACGCGACGAGGAGCCCGUCUCCAUGAUCGUCCGCACAGAGGUCGACGCCGUCAUGAAGGGCGGUCCCACCGGAACCGAGGAUCAGCAGCUCAUCAUCAAGGCCCUGAACGAGUUCGACCCCAAGGCCCAGGGCUCCGGCGGUGCCCUCGACUGGCGCAGCAAGCUCAACUCCCAGCGUGGUGCCGUCCUCGCUACCGAGAUGAAGAACAACUCCGCCAAGCUUGCCCGCUGGACCACCCAGGCUAUCCUCGCCAAGGCCGACGGCAUGAAGCUCGGCUUCGUGUCCCGUGUCAACCCCCGCUCUGCUGCUGCCCACGUCGUCCUCGGCGUUGCUGGUUACAAGCCCCGCGAGUUUGCUAGCCAGAUGAACCUUAACCUCGGUAACGGUUGGGGUAUCGUCCGUACUAUCGUUGACCGUAUCCGUGCUCUCGACUCUGAUGAGCCCGCUGAGAAGGUUAAGAAGUACGUUCUCAUCAAGGACCCCAACAAGUCUGUUCUCCGUCUGUACAGCGUCCCUGCUACUACUUUCGAGGAGGAUGAUGAGGAGCUUGAGGAGGAGAAGGAGGGUGAGAAGUCCGAUGAGGCUGAUGAGUAG